AUGGAAGACUCCAAUAGUUUUCGAGCAUUGCAAUGCUCAUCUUCUGAAAGUCUUGAUUUUGAGCGGCCAUAUGAUUGGGACUUACUUUUUCAAGAAGCUUCUUCUAUCGAUGCUAAAGACGAUAAAAUAUGGAUUAACUCGCUCAUUGAUCGGUUUUACUGGAUGGAUUCGCUUUUCGAAAAUGACAAGCUUAGCUUUCAAAGAACAGCAUAUGCACUCGAUCACUGUGUUAAACUGUAUUGUACACGAAUAGAUCUUGCUUCUCAAUCAACUGUUCAAUUAUUAAACAAUAUAAAUGUGUGCUUUGUAAAUAAUAAGCGUCGAAGACAGCCUACCGAGGUUGAGAACGAUUCCGAUGUUCAUAUGGAAAGUGAUUCUGAAGAUGAGAUACCUCAACGACAAGAACGACGAAAAGGUAACAAAAGAUCAUGUACUUUAGCUCCCAAUUUUGAUGCCAUUCGUGAUAAGGCCAGGAACGAAAACACUUUCAUAGGUCCUUUAUAUUACUAUUUGCAGUCGCAGUUUAAAGAGGGUAGCGCAAAGACAUUAUUUUUAAACUCAUUGAGUCUUGGUAGCAACGGAGCAAAAAUUUUAUACGGAGAUGAUGUUCUGCUUAAUGAAAAAGUUUCACUUAAAGAAGAACGAAGAAGAGAAGAAAUUCAACGAGAAAUUGAUUUACGUGAUGCUGAUGCUCCUCAAAUUAAUCUCCGACGAGUAUAUCGCAAAUUUUUUCAACGAGAAGGAGAUCUCGAUAUAGAGUACCUAACCAUGUGCCCUUCUCUUCCCUAUCUAGAAUCGCUAGCAAAAGGAACACGCAUGCAUCCAUUGGAACAUAACCGAAUCGCUACACAGGAAACAACAAAUGUUGAUUUUUUUGAAGAAUCAACAUUCGAAAGGAUAUCUUUUGACUAUAAUAUGGACUGGGAGGAUACCAAUGACGAUUAUAAUGAUAAUGAUAAUGAUGCACAGCCUGUUGAUAUUGUUUCUAAUGUUUUAGAAGCUCAAAGCAUUUUAAAUUAUGAAAAUUCAGGUCCUGUGGGAAAUUUUGAGUUACCAACUGAGCAUUGGAGGAUACAAAACAUUCGGUCAGCUAUGACUGGAGAAGAAAGAGAAUCUUUAUUUUUAACUAGGUCAAGAAGAAUAAUAAGAAGAAGAGACAGUGAACCGAUAGAGUUUAUUGAUUUUCUUGAUAACGAUGAUACCCCAUUUAACGAAGAAGAGAUUUUUGAAGAAGGCAAUGUUCAAUCUCGGAUACCUCUGGAUAGAUACCUAGCAAUUCGUAAUGUGUUAACUCAAAUUGUUGAAACCCUUGACCAAAAUAAAUUUUUUAAAAUGUUUUUCAGAGAAGCACCUCCUAUACCAAACGAAGAGGAUAGUGAUGAGGUAUCGUUUGACAAUAAUGACUAUAUUUAUGAUAUUCCAGACUACAAUAACUCUGUUUCUAUUUCUCUUUCGGAUGUUAACAACAAUAAUGUAACAAUGCGAGAAAUCAAAUGCGUUAAAGAUACCCCUCUCGCAUAUUCCAAGUUUUCUACUUAUGUCAAUUUUUUGGAGCUCAAGAAUACCAUGGAUGAGUGCCUUUUGGCAUCAUUUGCUAGUCAAGACAAGAAUGAUGAGAAUUGCAGAAUAACCGGUUAUUACCAACUUUCUGAUUCAUUUAAUGAAAUAAGCCACCAAGUAACGGCUAUUUUUGAAAACGAUACUGAAUUAAAUCCUGGUAAGCCAACCAGAGCAACAUGCUUUUUGGCGCUACUCUCAUUGGCAAAUGACUACAGGUUGCAGUUAGAUCCAACUAGAUAUCAUGACAAUGUCAUUAUAAAAUUUCAACAAAAUUAA